AUGAGCUGGAACGAGGGUAACUUGCGCCUGGAUGCGGCAGAGGGUGGGCGUGUGUACGUUGGUGAUUACGACAUCUUGGACCUCGCUCGACGAAUUGACGAUCUGAACGCAACGCUCGACUUUCCUCAAGCCAGCCAGGACGGUUGGCUUCAGCGCAGCUGGCGCAUCAACCUGGGUGAUCGCACCUAUUCCAACCUGGUCGUGGAUGCCGAUGGUGUCCUCUACCUGGCUCUGCUCGAUGGCAGCGUGCUUGCCCUCUCUGCCAUCGGACAUGUCCGCUGGCGGCUUCGGCUGGAGAGCCCCAGCUAUGGCGCAGUGGUCAUGAUGGACAACAAAAACUUGCUAUUGGGCACAGACUCUGGAAGGGUAUAUGCUCUGGAUCAUGCAGGCCACGUUAACUGGAUGUUUGACACUGGCGGCGUCCCCGUCCGGUCUGGUAUUGUGAUCAACACGGCUCAAGACACCGUCUUUUUCAAUUCCGAAAUUGGCACCGUGUACGCCCUGCAUGUCAACGGAACUGAGCGCUGGCGCAGCAACAUCACUGGUCCCGUGUACCACAGUGGUGUGGUAGCACCUGAUGGACGCUAUAUUGUUGUAGAUCGCUCAGGGACCGUACAUGCCUUUGAGGGAGCCAACGGGACUCGCGCCUGGACGUAUGACACAAACUUGUCAACCAUUUAUACCCCGCCGAUGACCAUUUCGACCAGAGGGUCCGACGCCUAUCGCGUUGUAGUGAGCGCGGCUGCUGAACUUCUUGAGCUGCGCCCCAAUGGUACGCUGCACAUGGCCCAUACGUACGGCAACGCCAAUUUUCACUCCUUGAACACGAACCCCGAAGGCCAGAUUUUCGUGGUGACGGACAAUGGGGAAGUGCUCAGCAUUCACCCGGCCGGCAACGUGCAUUGGAACUUCUCUGCAGAAAGCCGAUCCGCUUAUGCAAACUACGCCGCUACGCUCUGGGAUUCUGGUACGUUUUACUUUGGUGGCGGAGACGGGCUGUUGUACGCCAUCAACGCCACCACGGGCCAACUCCGCUACAUAUUCCCGACUGGCGACCAGCUUUUCAGUCAUCCGGCUGCAAGCCCCAUGGGUGAUGUCGUCUACGUUGCCAGUUGGGAUGGCUAUUUGUAUGCCAUAUACUAA